AUGUAUUUUAUUGGUGACCGAUAUGGAAAGUUUAUUCGAAUUGCUGGAGCAGAAAAAGCAGCUAAAAAGUUGAGUGAUUUACAAAAUAUUAUUUUUCAAGAGGAUCAAGAUCGUAAACAGUGGAUGCAGGUGGGCUUGGAUGCUGUUAAACAUGUUUUUAUCAAUCGAAUUGAACCAAUAGAUUGUGCUGCAAAACUAGCUAACGUUUGGCCUAUAGAAAAUGUUUGGGAUACAUUAAAUGAGAAAUUACAGAACGAGAAUACGCUCAAAUCAAACAAUGGAAAACUAACAUUAAAAAAGAGUGGAACAAAUUUAGUGUUUCUCUAUGUCAAAGAAUAA